AAAAGAUAUAAAAACCCUCACUUUGGAUCUGGAGAAUAAUAUUUCUCUUUAUAUCUUAAAUUGUCUUGUACAUAUAAUUAUUCAACAUGGGAUACAUGUUAAAAGGCGCUGCCUUAUUUAGAGCUACUACUUUACUAGCCGCUAUUGGCUUUUUACUCUUUGGUUAUGACCAGGGUGUUAUGUCCGGUGUUGUUGCCAAUGAUUUAUUUAAAGAAACAAUGGGAAAUCCUAGUUCUUCUAUGAUUGGUGCUAUUGUAGCCCUUUAUGAAAUUGGUUGUAUGGCCGGUGCUUUGUCUACUGGUCGUAUUGGUGACUGGCUUGGCCGUAGAAAGACAAUUCGUUAUGGUUGUCUUAUUCUCUGUAUUGGUGCUGUCUUACAAACUGCUGCUGUUGAUGCUGGUAUGAUGAUUGCUGCUCGUAUCAUCACUGGUAUUGGUAAUGGUAUGAACACUGCUACCAUUCCUGUCUAUCAAGCUGAAUUGUCUCCUCCCAAGUCUAGAGGUUCUCAUGUUGCUUUUGAAGCUUCCUUAUUAACUGUCGGUGUUGCUAUUGCUUACUGGCUUGAAUAUGGUCUCUACUUUGUCAAAGGUGAAUUUGCUUGGAGAUUCCCUUUGGCUUUCCAAAUGGUCUUUGCUAUCAUUUUGGGUACUGCUUCUUUCAUCUUGCCUGAAUCUCCUCGUUGGUUGCAAGCUCACGGUCAUGAAGAAGAAUGUAAGUUGGUUCUGGCCCGUCUUUGGUCUGACUGUGAUACCACUCAUCCUCGUUGUAUUGCUGAAUGGGAAGAAAUCCGUGACGGUAUUGAACUCGAACGUCGUGAAGGUGUCUCCUCUUAUGUUGAACUCUUCAAGAAGGGUAAGAUGAACAACCGUUAUCGUGUCUUGCUUGGUAUGGGUGGUCAAAUCAUUCAACAGUUGGGUGGUAUCAAUGCUAUCAGUUACUAUUUGACCGAUGUCUUUGUCCAAGCUGGUAUGUCCACUGAAAUGGCUAUGUUGAUGGCUGGUGUUGAUUCUAUCAUUUACUUCUUGGGUGCUGUCACUCCCAUCUACACUAUUGAACGUUUGGGUCGUCGUUUCCUCAUGUAUGCUGGUUUGAUUGGUCAAGCUAUCUCUCUGCUUGUUGUCGGUGGUGCUCAAUACCUUGUCGAAAGAGACGGUGGUGAUAACAAGCCUGCUUCUAGCUGUGUCAUUGCCUUUGUCAUGAUCUAUAACUUUGUGUUUGGUGCUGCCUGGUUAGGUUUAGCUUGGCUCUAUCCUUCUGAAAUUUUCUCCACUGGUCUCAGAGCUAAGGGUAACUCCAUGUCAACAGGUGCUAACUGGCUUGGUAACUUUGUUGUUGCCAUGAUCACUCCCGUUUUGUUCCAGUAUGCCAAAUACUGGACUUUCUUGAUGUUUGGUAUUCUCAACGUUAUUUUCUUAAUCCCUAUUUUCCUUUAUUAUCCCGAAACCAAGGGCAAGUCUUUGGAAGAAAUCGAAGUUUUGUUUGCUACCGAAGAUCUUCAAGAAGAUGCCAAGUCUAUUGCUUCUCAUAUUGGUUCUACCUCUUUGUAUGAUCAAAAGCAAGAUGCUCAAUCUCAAUUGGAACGUGCUUCUCGUCCUAGCUCUCGUCGUUUCCCUAGUAACUUCUCUGGUCGAAACAGUAUCAUCAACCCCUCUACUGUCCACGAGAAGCCAGCAAACAACACUGAAGCUGCUAACGUCAAGGAUGAAUACAACAACGAAAAGGGCCCCAACUACAAGUAAAACCCUCUAUCUCCCUUACCCCCUUUCUUAAUCGGUGAUCCUUCAUCUUGUACAUUAGUCUUUAUCUUUUACUUAAUUAAUGCAGGGGGCCGUGCCUUCCUUUUUAUUUUUUCUUCAAAACUUAUAUAUAUUCCUUAGUAUUCUAUUAUUAUUGCUACCCUAUUGUAUCCAAAAAUACAAAUAAAAAAAAACAUCAUUAU